UAUGUGAUUAUUUUUUUGGCAACAGACUCGCAGAGUAGGCUAGUCCAAGCAUAACGUUGUCUUCAAUUUUUCUCAUGUCAUUGUAUUCGUUAAUUUCGGCUCUUGAGCUCCAAAAGGUACAUUGCUCUGACGCACUCGAGGAUGAAUGGAGAAAGUAAGCAAAACGACCCCAGGUACUCAAGAAACUGGACUCGGCUACUCAUCGGUGGAUAACUUUACACUUUAAUCCAUGUCGUGCUUAGUCUUUGUGCUUUUUUUUAACUGCACAUAACUCUCCUAAUUCUUAAACAUGUCUGAAGAAGAUACCGAUAUUCCUAAGGAGUUGCUGGAGAGUCUGAGAGAUGCCGUGGGAAGGAAGAUCAAGCUCACCCUGAAGAAGAGGUUGAAACUGGAGGUCAAAGGUGACAAACUGGAGAACCGAGUUCUGGCUUUGGCAUCCCAUCGGGUCUUUCUGCUUACUGCAAGGGUCCCUGCCAAGAUUGAACAGACCUUCAAUUACCUAGAUAUACAGGGGAUCAUUAGUAACAAGCCCACUCAGUUGUUGUUGGAGUAUGACCGAGGCCAGCUGUCCCUGAAGCUUGGCUCUGUGGAGGAUGUGGAUGAGGUGGUGGCCCACAUUGGGAGCUGUCUACACAGAAUCUGUCCAGGCCUCUCUCCAGCGAAGGCGAUGAAGAAGUUGACCCUGAAGCCUCCUGAGAGGAUGGCCGCCCUACAGUCUCUCUGGGAGGACCAGGCCACCACAGACCUAGGGCCGUGUGGUGGUUUCUCCCACAUGUACUGGUGUCUCUGUGACCAGCUGAGUCUGCCAUUCAGAGAGGAGGUGCAGUGGGAUGUGGACACAAUCUAUCAGACCCAGGACACCAGGGAACUGAACCUGCAGGAUUUCGUACAUCUUGAUAACCGAGAUUUGGUGGCCAUCAUUGUGGUCCUGGAGUAUAACCAAUGGUUCACAAAGCUCUCCACAAAGGACUACAAACUGUCCACAGAUGUGUGUGAACAAAUUCUGCGAGUUGUGUCCCGCUCCAGUCGCUUAGAGGAGCUGGUUUUAGAGAAUGCAGGUCUCAGAAGUGAUUUCGUGCAGAAGCUAGCCAACGCUCUGACCUGCAACCCUGCCUCUGCACUUCACACCCUCAACCUUACAAACAACUCCCUGGAAGACAAGGGCAUAUCUGCUCUCAGUGCACAGCUUGCCAAACUCCCAAUGGGUCUCAAGCAUUUGAACCUUUCAAAGACCUCCAUAUCGCAAAAAGGGGUUAACAGUCUGGCCCAGGCGCUGAGUGCCAACCCUGCUGUCCCCACUACCCUCACACACCUGGACCUCUGUGGGAACUCACUCCGAGGAGACGACCUCUCAAAUCUGUACAAUUUCCUGGGUCAACAUAACAGUCUAGUAACUCUGGAUCUGUCCAGCAGUGACUGCUGUCUGGACCAAGUCUGCACUUCACUUCUACGAGGUUCUCUCAAGCACCUCUCAGUGCUCAACAUGUCGAAGAGCGUUUUCUCUCACAGGAGAAGUAAAGAUGUCCCGCAUUCCUUCAAGCAGUUCUUUGGCACUGCUCUGGCGCUGAGCAGUGUAAACCUGUCUGGAACCAAGCUCCCCCUGGAGGCACUCAAAGCACUUUUACUAGGUCUUGGUUGCAAUCCUAAUCUCAGUGAAGUAUCACUGGAUCUCAGCAGCUCUGAGCUAAGAUCUGGAGGCUCUCAGAUUCUGGAGGGCUGCAUAGCUGAGAUUCCCAACAUCUCCAGCCUGGACAUCUCAGACAACGGUUUGGAUUCAGACCUGACCACUCUCUUGGUGUGGCUGGCCAAAAAUCGCUCUAUCCGCCACCUCUCACUGGGCAAGAACUUCAAUAACAUCAAAUCCAAAAAUUUGUCUCAAGUCUUGGACAACCUGGUGCACAUGAUACAGGAGGAAGAAUCUCCCCUGACGUCCCUCUCCCUGGCCGACUCCAAGCUGAAGGGAGAUCUGUCCAUCGUGCUGAACGCUCUGGGCAGCAACACCAGCCUGAUCCGGGUGGACAUCAGUGGCAACGGCAUGGGAGACAUGGGGGCCAAGAUGCUGGCCAAGGCCCUACAGAUCAACACCAAGCUCCGGACAGUUAUGUGGGACAAAAACAAUGUCAGCCUACAAGGCCUCCAGGAUGUGGCAGCUGCUUUAGAAAAGAACCACACCAUUCGCUUCAUGCCUAUCCCCAUCAUCGAUGCUGCCCAGGCCCUCAAAGCCAGCCCUGAGAAAACAGAGGACGCCCUACUAAAGAUGGAGCAGUAUCUCCUAAGGAACCACGAGACUCGAAAAUACCUCCAAGAACAAGCUUACCGGCUUCAGCAAGGCAUUGUCACGACAACCACACAACAGAUGAUGGACAUGAUCUGUGUAAAGGUGCAGGACCACCUGAACUCCCUGAGGUAUACAGAGACCGACGUCGUCCAGGAGGACAUGAAGGUGGCCAAGAACCUCAUGAAGGACGCCAGGAACUCCAAAAGACUACUGCCCAACCUGUACCACAUGAGGGGAUCUCCUGGUGGCAUGGGCAGCCCCAUUCAGGACAAGCUAGAGUCCAUGGCCGGAGAGAUGGCCAGGGUCAUGGAUGGACAGCUACAGACGUUGUUGCAGUCUAUGGUUGACACCGCUGAGGGCCUCUGUCCCCAUGUGAUGAAGAGGAGCAACCUGCACCAGGAGCUGAUGAAGGCAGGUGCAGGCAGGAUGACCAUCCCCCAUAGCUUCAUCACCACCACACUACUGGAACAGUCAGGAGUCGACAUCAUCAACAAGAUCAGUGAAGUGAAGCUCAGUAUGGCUUCCUUCCUCUCAGACCGUAUCGUGGAUGAGAUCUUGGAAUCUCUGUCCCGUUCCCAAAACACUCUGGCAGAACACCUGACCAGGAAACCUCAACCUCUUCUCCACCAGGAGCCCAACAAGAUGGAGGUGCUGGAAGAGACAGUCCUCCAACCUGAGGCUCAGACCCAGGAGCAGAGUCCUUACCAUGCUGAGAGGCUGGAGGAGAUGGACACAUGUGUGUCCAAGAGGAAGAGCAUUCUCUGCAGGAUGCUGCGGCCUGUAUCUGUGGCUUUUGAAAUGGAGUUUGACUUGGACAAGGCCCUGGAAGAAGUGCCUAUAUAUGAGGAGGAUCCACCCCCUCCUGCCCCAUCGGACAAGAAGCCGACUUACUUUGGCGAGCUGCCCACUAUGGAGGCCCAAAAGCUAGAGCACCACACCAAGCUCCGCCCCAAACCGAAAAAGAGGAACAAACCUAGCCGAGCACCACGGGAACCAAUCUGCACCUCUCCACCACCAGAAGUGGAGCAGAAUGACCUCCUGGGGAAAGUGGAUGAGGGUGUUGAUGAAUUCUUCUACAAGAAAAUCACCAAACUUAGUUUUAAACGACCCACCCUGAGGGGCUCCUCCAACAUCCAGGAGGGGUCGGAGAAGAAACGGGAAUCCCGUAAAAGCGGCUUCCUUAACCUCAUCAAGUCUCGCACCUCGAAGUCCGAGAAGAGCCAUGGAACAGCUGCCAUCACCACACCCACUGCUGCGACUGUCAACACUGUGACAGAGGAGCCCUUGUCCCCCAAGGCUCUGUUGUGGGACCACUCUGAAAUCUCCCCUGACCACUCACGAAAGCCGCCAACCCCUGAACCCACUGAGGAACAGCACUCCGAGAUUGACAGUAAGGGUAGUCCUCAUGGUGGCCGGCACUUUGGGGUCCCCGUAAUGGGCCCCCUAAUGGGAAUGGACCUCCUGGCGGAGAUGAGAAAAAUGCAUGAGAAAAUAGUCGCUCAUAAGUCGGACUCUUCAGGCAAGGCAGAUGAUGAUAAAGGAAAGCCAAAGGGUCAAACAUCGUCGAUAGCGCCCAGGUCUAAACCCACCGGUGUUACACCCAGAUCCCCAGCACCCCAGAGCAUCGAGCCCCACAUGGGACCACACACUUUGGGACCCCUGAGCCCUAGUGCCAGCAGCAGCCACAGCCCAGGACCACUGGCCACCCCUCACCUGAAGAGAGAGCCCUCAGACUAUGAGAGGGAGGAGGAGAGUAGCCACAUUAAUGUUGAACUCACAGGAGACUCCAGCCCAUCUGACUUGGACCAAGAGAUGGAAAGGUCUGCAAUUGGUGGGAGACAGUGGUCCUCCCUGAAGCGCUCCACUUCUGUGGUACAGGAAGUAGAAGGUCGAGAACGCACCAAGUCCCUCCCUGCAUCUGUGAGACCUUCAUCCACGGUGGACCUUGUCCACUGCCAAAGCCCUGGGGUGUUUGCUAAAGACAACACCGAAGAGGACUUCUCUCCUACCCCUGGCACGGACCAAAGACAGGAUCUCAGGCCUGACAACAUGGAGGACACCAUGACGACAUCCCAGUGUAGAAAGAAAAGCUACAUCUAGAUUUUCUCUACUUUCUACAAAGUGUUCCAUGUAGUGUCCAAGUGUGGAGAAUUGUAAUACAGCCAAAGAGGAAAGAACCAAAACAAAAGCUUAUGGACAAAACCAUGCCAAUACCUUACUCUGAAUUAUCUUACUUUAAACAAAGACUGUUGAUUGGCUUAUUCAAUCAACCAAUAAGCACUGCUGUGUUUCUAUGUCUACUUUGCAUGUUAUGUAUUUAUGUAAUAACACACUGUAAGAGACAUGCAUGUGUUUAAAAGUACACUACAUGACCAAAGGUAUGUGGACACCUGCUCAUUGUAACAUCUCAUUCCAAAAUCAUGGGCAUUAAUAUGGAGUUGGUCCUCCCUUUGCUGCUAUAACAGCCUCCACUCUUCUGGGAAGGCUUUCCACUAGAUGUUGGAACAUUGCUGUGGGGACUUGCUUCCAUUCAGCCACGAAAGCAUUAGUGAGGUCGGGCACUGAUGUUGGGCGAUUAGGCCUGGCUUGCAGUCAGCGUUCCAAAUCAUCCCAAAGGUGUUUGAUAAUCAAGUUCUUCCACACCGAUCUCGACAAACUAUUUCUGUCUGGACCUCGCUUUGCACACGGGGGCAUUGUCAUGCUGAAACAGGAAAGGGCCUUCCCCCAAAGUGUUGCCACAAGGUUGAAAGCACACAAUAAUUUAGGAUGUCAUUGUAUGCUGUAGCAUUAAGAUUUCCCUCCACUUGAACUAAGGGGCCUAGCCUGAACCAUGAAAAACAGCCCCAGUCCAUUAUUCCUGCUCCUCCAAAUUCUACAGUUAGCACUAUGCAUUGGGGCAAGAAGCGUUCUCCUGGCAUCCGCCAAUCCCAGAUUUAUCCAUCGGACUGACAGAUAGUGAAGCGUGAUUCAUCACUACAGAGAAUGCGUUUCCACUGCUCCAGAGUCCAAUGGCAGCAAGCUUUACACCACUCCAGCCGACACUUACCAUUGCUCAUGGUGAUCUUAGACUUGUGUGCGGCAGCUUGGCCAUGGAAACCCAUUUCAUGAAGCUCCCAACGAACAGUUAUUGUGCUGAUGUUACUUGCAGAGGCAGUUUGGAACUCAGUAGUGACUGUUGCAACCGAGGACAGACUAUUUUUAUGCGCUUAGGCAGUCUGGUUCUGUGAGCUUGUGUGGCCUACCACUUUGCGACUGAACCGUUGUUUCACCUAGACGUUUCCACUUCACAAUAACAGCACUUACAGUUGCUCGGGGCAGCUCCAGCAGGACAGAAAUUUGACGAACUGACUUGUUGGAAAGGUGGAAUCCUAUGACGGUGCUACGCUGAAAGACACUGAGCUCUUCAGUUGGGCCAUUCUACUGCCAAUGUUUUUCCUAUGGAGAUUGCAUGGCGGUGUGCUCGAUUUUAUACACCUGUCAGCAGCGGUGUGGCUGAAAUAACCAAAUCCACUAAUUUAAAGGGAACUCCACAUAUGUGUAUGUAUGUACAGUACCAGUCACACCUACUCAUUGGACACACCUACUCAUUCUACAUUGUAGAAUAAUAAAGACAUCAAAACUAUGAAAUGACACCUAUGGAAUCAUGUGUUAAACAAAUCUAAAUGUAUUUAAUAUAUUAGAUUCUUCAAAGUCGCUGCCCUUUGCCGUGAUGACAGCUUUGCACACUCUUGGCAUUCCCCUAACCAGCUUCACCUGGAAUGCUUUUCCAACAGUCUUGAAGGAGCUCCCACAUAUUCUGAGAACUUAUUGACUGCUUUUCCUUCACUCUGCGGUCCAACUCAUCCCAAAUGAUCUCAAUUAGGUUGAGGUUGGGUGAAUUUUGGAGGCCAGGUCAUCUGAUGCAGCACUCCAUCACUCUUGUUCUUGGUCAAAUAACCCUUACACAGCCUGGAGGUAUGUUGGGUCAUUGUCCUGUUGGAAAACAAAUGAAAGUCCCACAGCGCAAACCAAAUGAGAUGGUGUAUCGCUACAGAAUUCUGUGGUAGCCAUGCUGGUUAAGUGUGCCUUGAAUUCUAAAUGAAUCACGACAGUGUUACCAGCAAAGCACCAUCACACCACCUCCAUGCUUCACGAUGGGAACCACACAUGUGGAGAUCAUCCGUUCACCUACUCUGCGUCUCACAAAGACACAGCAGUUGGAACCAAAAAUCUACAUUUUUGGACUCAUCAGACCAAAGGACAGACUUCCACUGGUCUAAUGUCCAUUGUUCAUGUUUCUUGGCUCAAGCAAGUUUCUUUUUCGUAUUGGUGUCCUUUAGUAGGGGUUUCUUUGCAGCAAUUCGACCAUGAAGGCCUGAUUCACGCAGUCUCCUCUGAACAGUUAAUGUUGAUGUGUCUUGCUUGAAUUCUGUGAAGAAUUUAUUUGGGCUGCAAUUUCAGAGGAUGGUAACUCUAAUGAACUUAUCCUCUGCAGCAGAGGUAACUCUGCGUCUUCCUUUCCUGUGGCAGUCCUCAUGAGAGCCAGUUUCAUCAUAGUGACUGCACUUUCAAAGUUCUUUAAAUUUUCCAGAUUGACUGACCUUGUCUUAAAGUAAUGAUGGGCUGCCAUUUCUCUUUGCUUAUUUGAACUGUUCUUGCCAUAAUAUGGACUUGGUCUUUUACCAAAUAGGGCUAUCUUCUGUAUACCUUGUCACAACACUGAUUGGCUCAAAUGCAUUAAGAAGGAAAUUCCACAAGUGACCUUUUAACAAGGCACACCUGUUAAUUGGAAAUGCAUUCCAUUUGACUACCUCGUGAAUCUGGUUGAGAGAAUGCGUGUGUACAAAGCUGUCAAGGUAAAAGGUGGUUACUUUGAAGAAUCUCAAAUAUAAAAUAUAUUUUGAUUUGUUAAACACUUUUUGGUUACCACAUGAUUCCAUAUGUGUUAUUUCAUAGUUUUGAUGUCUUCAUUAUUACAAUGUAGAAAAUAGUAAAAAUAUAGAAAACCCCUUGAAUGAGUAGGUGUGUCCAGAAUUUUGACUGUGUGUGUGUGUGUGUGUGUGUGUGUGUGUGUGUGUGGGUGUGUGGGAGGAGGUUACAUUGUGCCACGGGCACAUUGAUCUAGUAAACCUGUAUUAAUGACAGGCAUAAUAUAACUUUGAUUUAUCGUGAUUUAUAUGAAAUACAUUUAUUGUGGGACUUGGUGAUGGUUUCCAUUUUAAUUGGUUAAAUUGAUUUGUGCUAAAUACAUUAAAAAAAUGCUUUGUAACAAAAAAACUUUUAAUGUGGUUGCCAAUACUCCUGCAUAUGUGUACCAAUAAAUCAUAUGUAUACUGCCACGUA